CAGUGAGGCGCGAGGAGCCGCUUUAGUGACAGUGCCUUAUCUUAAAGCAACAACCAAGGUUGAGUGAGGUUGGAAGCAGGGAGUAGCAGGGCUUAAGGCCUGGAUUUGGCGGCCAGAAGGAAGGAGCAGCGUGGCAUCCCUCUCCUCCUCUCAUGUCCCCUCCCUGUGUGUCCUUGCAUGUCAGUGCCCCCUUGUCAUCCCCCCUGUGUCUCACCCUGCCAGCCCUCUGUGUUCCUCCCCCUCAUGCUUGGGACAGACUGGCCUCACUGUCAGACCAAUGACUGCCUGGAUCAUACUGCCUGUCAGCCUGGCUGCCUUCUCUAUUACUGGGAUAUGGAUAGUAUAUGCUAUGGCUGUAAUGAACCACCAUGUUUGUCCUGUCGAAAACUGGUCAUACAAUGUAACAUGCACAGAUGAAACAGCCAAGCCGGGCUUCCCAAAAACAUGCUGCACCAUUCAAGACAUCCCCCUCAUCAGUAAAUGUGGAUCUUUCCCUCCCGAGAGCUGUCUGUUCAGUCUCAUUGGUAAUGUGGGAGCUUUCAUGGUGGUGUUGGUGUGUCUGCUACGGUAUGCUCAGAUCAUCGAGCACAGGAACCACUGCUGGCUCAACACCAGUGGACUUGUGUCUGGAUGCACCAAUGCUCUGGGACUGGUCAUGGUGGGCAACUUCCAGGUGGACCACGCUAAAACACUUCACUAUGUAGGUGCGGGCGCCGCCUUCCCAGCAGGCAUUCUGUUCGUGUGUUUGCAAUGUUUGCUGACCUACCGGGUGGCUGUCACAGCUCUGGACUACUGGAUGGCUCACGUGCGUGUGGCACUGGCUACUGGUGCUCUCAUCGCACUGGUUCUCAGUGGGAUAUUCUUCAUCCAUGAGAGCUUUGUUUUACAACAUGCAGCGGCCAUCUGUGAGUGGGUCUUCACUGUAGUCAUCCUCGUGUUCUACGGGACUUUCACCUACGAGUUCGGCACCGUCACCACCGAGACCAUGUUGGCCGGCCUCCAGCGGAAUCUCUCGCACGGACCUGGCAUCAUGAUCGGAGACGAUGUCCACGCAGACACCCUGGUAGGAGCCACAACAAAGGGUUUGAAAUCUCCCGGAGGAAGCAGCACCUCCACCCAUCUGAACUGCACUCCUGAGAACUUCGCAAUGCUUUAAACACAUCAGCACACGCAGUCACAUACUGCCAGGUGGGAAGCCUCACGAUGGUGCACCCUGCGUUUAAGACCACACUUGGGCUGAGAUUAAAGUCAUUUAGAGGAACCGUCCAGUCUUGAGUCGAGGCAGGUUAAUCGGGUUUACAGGUGUGACUGAUGUAUACUAUCAUUUCAGAUUUUAAGUUUCGUCUGAUAAAUUUGUCUUUUUUUUUAGUCCUGUUAUGCCUUGCGAGAGAAGCUUCUGUUGGGUUGUUUGUAGAUGAGAAGGACAGAAUGAGCAUUUGUUUUAAGGAACAGGGAUUUGAGCUCCACUUUAAAGGGAUAGUUCACCCAAAAAUGAAAAUUUGAUGUUUAUCUGCUUACCCCCAGGGUA